UCGUUUUGUCGGUUGUUGUUUGAUCAAUUGCUGCUUGACUUUGUGGUCUGAUGUUUCGAUAACUGUCUAGCAUGCUGCGCGCAUCUUCAUUUGAUUAAUCUGAGUCCCUCCCUAUCCACAACUCGUACGCAAUGUCAACACCCAGACCGCGUGACCGCCGGUCACCGUUUGGAACCCCUGGGACAAGCACUCCUGUCGGCGACUCAACACUCACUGGGCGUUCGCGCAUCCCGAGAUACCCCCUCACCCCGAGCCGUCUCGGGGUGGCCACGCCCCGGUCAGCUUCACGAUUCACUCCACGCAGAGGCGCAUCAGGGGCGCCAUCGACGCCAUAUGGAGUUCGUGCGAUGCAGCGACGCGCGGCGAACACGCCGGGACGGGAUCGGAGGAAGAGCGGCCGGAUGCAAAGAGAGACUACGUUUGAUAUUCUGAAAAAUCUGGGGAAGACUCUCGCACCUACAUCGCAACCAAUUCGUUCAUCCCCGCAAGAAAAGCCCCCGCCCGAGCCAGAGCCAGAACCACCGAAAGACGAGAUCGAGGAAUUGGAUAAUGAGCCCGAGAUCGAACGACCCAGAUUGUCAUUACCGCUGGACGAUGUCGACGAAGAAGACGAGGGAAGUCCCGAAAUACCAGCCCCUAGGCUUUCAUUGGCGUUCGAGGAAGAAGACAUCACCGUGGAAUACCCGCGCAGAGCUACCAGUGACCGAGAUCGGGCAAGACUAUCAAUGAUGAGUUUCGGCGGUCCUCGUCUAAGUGAGAAUUUUGGCGAUUCUACUAGGUUGGAAAGCGGAUCGGAGGGCGGUGAUGACACGGGCUUACAUGACGUGGGUGGGCCAGAUGAGACGGUUAUCAGUCAAGGUGCAUUUGACCGAGGAGGAGAAACGGAAGACCUAGGCCGGUUUAACUUUGAUUUCAACUUCCCAUCGCCUCCGCCGCCAGGUGAAGAAGAUCAAGACGAGCCAUUGGACGACGACGAAGGUUUCGAAUUGCCCGCAAUGGACCUACAACCUGACACAGGCCCCAUGCCUGAAGACGAAAUGGAUAUUGGUGGUGGUUUUGAUGACGAUGACGACGACGCCGGCGGUGAAUUCGGAUUGGAACUCAAUUUACCACAUCAGGCUUCGCCGGAGAGCCCCGGUAUUGCAGGUGGAGGAUUGCGUGAUGAGGACCAUAUUGCACCAGAUCCGAAGCAGAAGCAGUACUCACGACACGGUAUCCCGGUUCCGAAGAUGCCAUCGGGAGUGGUGAAGAAACUGGCCACCCAGUUUGCACGUGGACGAGCUGGAUCGAAAGCAAAGAUCAACAAACAAACCAUGACGGCAAUCGAACAAGCGUCCUCUUGGUAUUUUGAACAGGUGGGCGAGGAUCUGGCAGCGUACUCCAAGCACGCUGGACGCAAGACUAUCGAUGAAAGCGAUGUUACAACAUUGAUGAGGAGACAACGCCAUAUUAACAAUUCCACCACCGUCUUUUCUCUUGCGCAAAAACAUUUGCCCAAGGAGCUUCUGCAAGACAUGAGACUGGCAAUGCCGCCAUGA